AUGGCUGUUUCAAUUUUUAAGAAGAAAUCAAAGAAACUAUACAAAAAAGAACAAGAACCCGAAAAUCGAGGCUUCUUAGACUCGUGUAUGUUCAAACUUCUAAGCAAAAUUCCUGCAGCAUUUGUUCUUCUUUUCAUUAUCUUUGUAUGGUCUUCUUCUACUACUAUCAUCACUGGAUCAAUUGUUCAUGUUUGUGUAACGUCUCGAAAACUUAACAAUCUUUAUUGUCUUUCUGCUGGUGCUCAGCCUUCUAAGUAUGAUACUCUUCCUUUCAACAAUUAUACCUCUGAAAUUUCUGUUAUUGAAAGAACAAAUUUAGUCCCUAAUAAUACCCAUAAGUCCCAUGUUGUUUUACCCAUAAAUGAUCAGUUAAAUACUGCUCAAAACGAGAAUCGGGUCUUGUCUCAGUUAGAGCGUGCAUCAGUUCCUUUAGAUAAGGCCUACCAUGUAAAAAAUUCAGCUCAAAACGAGAAUAAGGUCUUGUCAAAGUUGGACCGUGUACCAGAUCCUCCAGGUAAGGUCGUUGGUGACUCUGCGCUCUUCUAUAGUCCUCCCCUUCCCUCGGCCUACCAUGUAGUCAAAAAUAGAGCUCAAAGCACUAAAAACAUUGCCCAAAAGCUAGUAGUGUCUCCCCCUUUAGUCAUGAGAGAAAGCAUUAGUAUUGAACUUCCGGUAAGUCGAUCGAAUAAAGUGAAUGAUGGAGGUUCGAUAUUUACUAAACCGGUGAUUCGAAAGGGGAUUGAUAAGGCUAAGGCAGAGGAGAUAGCAAAUGCUAGGAAGGAUGUUGAAGGGCAAAUAGCUGUUUUAAGAUCCUACAUUGCGAAGUCUAGGCCUUUAGAUUGUGAAGGAAGAGGGAUAUAUGUGUAUGAUCUUCCUUCAAAGUUUAACAAAGAUUUAGUUGCAAUGUGUAGUGAUAUGAUGGAAGAUAUGGAUUUUUGCGAAUACAUAUCGAACGAUGCAAUGGGUGAGCCGAUUAUGGAGCUAGGGAACGGGUGGUACAACACUCAUCAGUAUUCCCUAGAACCGAUAUUCCACAAUCGAAUACUUAAACAUCGAUGUAGAGUUUAUAAACCUGAGCAAGCCAAGCUUUUUUAUGUGCCCUUUUAUGGUGGGUUAGACAUAUUAAGAUGGCAUUUUAAGAAGGUUGAUAAUGAGGUAAAAGAUGCACUUUCUAAAGAAUUAGUUGAAUGGCUUGAUCAAAAAUGGAUGUGGAAGAGAAAUUUCGGGUUAGAUCAUGUAUUUGUCUUAGGAAAAAUCUCUUGGGAUUUUCGGAGAUGGGCAAACACUUCAUGGGGAAGCCGGUUUUUGGAGCUUGAUGAGCUACAAAACCCGAUAAAGCUCUUAAUUGAACGACAACCAUGGCAUAACAACGAUGUUGGUGUACCUCAUCCAACUCACUUUCACCCGAACUCAGAUCAAGAUAUCAUCGCCUGGCAGAACGAAAUCAGGAAUGUGAACCGGAAGUACCUAAUCAGCUUUGUUGGUGCCCCUCGAAAUGCUCGAGAAAGCAUAAGAUCAAUCUUGAUCGAGCAAUGCAGUUCAGCCCGUAAUGAGUGUAACUUCUUCAAUUGUGCAGAUAAAGCCUGUGUUAAAUCUGCACCAGUUGUGAAACUUCUGAUGGAAUCAGAGUUUUGCCUGCAGCCACCAGGAGACAGUCCUACACGAAAAUCGGUAUUUGAUUCGCUUAUUGCAGGGUGUAUUCCUGUAAUUUUUGAUCCUUUCACAGCAUACUAUCAAUAUCCAUGGCAUUUGCCCGAGGAUUACACGAAAUAUUCGGUGUUUAUAGACCAAGAACAGGUAAAGGCGUCCGAAGUGAAUGUGAUAGAACAUCUAGUGAAAAUCCCAUUAAAAAAAAGGGAAGAAAUGAGGAAGUAUAUAAUUGAUGAUUUGAUGCCUAGAUUGGUUUAUGCACAUCCUAAUGCUAGAUUGGAGAAAUUUGAUGAUGCAUUUACUGUAUCUGUGAAUAAUUUGCUUGAAAGGGUUGCUAGAAGAUUGCCGUAAGUAGGAAAUUUAAGGGUGUUAAAUGAGUUAAUCUUUC